CUCCGCCACCGCCGGGGCCGUCGCCAUCUUAGGUUGUGCGGGGAGCCGGGAGGGCCUGAGCGCGUCCGCGUUCCCGGCGGUUCCGCGGGUCGCAGUCCCGGGCCCACGUCCGUCCGAGUGUCAGGUUGGAGCCGGGCAGCGUCCCCGGGGGUAGCGGCGGCGGGGGCAGGAUGAGCGCGGAGGCGGCGGACCGGGAGGCGGCCACCUCCAGCCGGCCCUGCACCCCGCCGCAGACCUGCUGGUUCGAGUUCUUGUUGGAGGAGUCGCUGUUGGAGAAACAUCUCCGCAAGCCCUGCCCGGAUCCUGCACCUGUUCAACUUAUAGUUCAGUUUUUGGAACAGGCUUCCAAACCUUCAGUUAAUGAACAAAACCAAGUUCAGCCUCCACCGGAUAACAAGAGAAAUCGCAUUUUAAAGCUACUUGCUCUGAAAGUGGCUGCACAUUUGAAGUGGGACUUGGACAUAUUGGAGAAAAGUUUGUCUGUUCCAGUAUUGAACAUGCUGCUGAAUGAACUGCUGUGCGUCAGCAAAGUUCCUCCCGGGACCAAGCAUGUAGACAUGGAUCUGGCCACUUUACCUCCAACCACUGCCAUGGCUAUCCUUCUCUACAAUAGAUGGGCAAUUAGGACAAUCGUUCAAAGUAGUUUUCCUGUCAAACAGGCAAAACCUGGACCUCCUCAAUUAAGUGUUAUGAAUCAGAUGCAACAGGAGAAAGAGCUCACAGAAAAUAUUUUGAAAGUGCUAAAAGAACAAGCUUCUGAUUCUAUUUUGGUACUAGAGGCAGCCCUUAAGUUGAACAAGGAUCUUUAUGUCCAUACAAUGAGAACAUUAGAUUUAUUGGCCAUGGAGCCAGGCAUGGUAAAUGGAGAAACCGAGAGUUCUACAGCUGGAUUGAAAAUCAAAACCGAGGAGAUGCAGUGUCAGGUGUGUUAUGAUUUGGGUGCAGCAUACUUCCAGCAAGGCUCUACAAAUUCAGCUGUCUAUGAAAAUGCCAGAGAAAAAUUUUUUAGAACCAAAGAACUAAUUGCAGAGAUAGGUUCAUUAUCUCUUCAUUGUACCAUAGAUGAGAAGCGGCUAGCUGGCUAUUGUCAAGCAUGUGAUGUUCUCGUACCUUCUUCUGAUAUUACAUCUCAACAGUUAACUCCAUAUAGUCAAGUCCAUAUUUGUUUGAGAUCUGGCAAUUAUCAGGAGGUAAUAAAGGUUUUCAUUGAAGAUAACUUAACCUUCAGUUUACCUGUCCAGUUCCGACAGUCAGUACUGAGAGAACUCUUUCAGAAAGCUCAACAGAGAAAUGAAGCUCUAGAUGAAAUCUGUUUUAAAGUCUGUGCCUGUAACACAGUCCGUGAUAUAUUGGAAGGUAGAGCAAUUAGUGUUCAAUUUAACCAGCUAUUUCUUAGACCUAAUAAAGAGAAAAUAGACUUUCUCCUUGAGGUAUGUUCAAGAUCAAUAAACUUAGAAAAACCUUCAGAUUCUUUGAAAGGAAACAUGGCUUCUUUUCUAAAGAAUGUGUGUCUGGGUUUGGAAGAUCUGCAGUAUGUUUUCAUGAUUUCUUCACAUGAGCUUUUCAUUACAUUGUUGAAAGAUGAAGAACGAAAGCUACUUGUUGAUCAGAUGAGGAAGAGAUCCCCUAGAGUAAACCUGUGCAUUAAACCUAUGACUUCAUUUUAUGACAUCCCAGCCUCAGCAAGUGUCAACAUUGGCCAGUUGGAGCAUCAGCUGAUAUUGUCAGUGGAUCCCUGGAGGAUUCGGCAGAUUUUAAUUGAAUUACAUGGUAUGACAUCAGAGCGCCAAUUCUGGACAGUAUCCAAUAAGUGGGAAGUACCUUCUGUUUAUAGUGGUGUUAUCCUGGGAAUUAAAGACAAUUUAACAAGGGAUUUGGUAUACAUUCUCAUGGCCAAAGGUUUACACUGCAGUACUGUUAUGGACUUUUCCCAUGCUAAGCAGUUAUUUGCUGCCUGUUUGGAGUUGGUAACAGAGUUUUCACCAAAACUUCGUCAAGUCAUGCUGAAUGAGAUGCUGCUUUUGGAUAUUUAUACACAUGAAGCUGGGACAGGGCAAUCAGGAGAGAGACCUCCUUCCGAUCUUAUUAGCCGGGUGCGGGGAUAUCUGGAAAUGAGGCUUCCGGAUAUUCCUCUUCGUCAGGUUAUUGCUGAGGAGUGUGUUGCUUUUAUGUUAAACUGGAAGGAAAAUGAAUACCUUACACUGCAAGUUCCUGCCUUUCUGCUUCAGAAUAAUCCAUAUGUAAAGCUUGGACAGCUUUUAGCAGCUACAAUCAAAGAGCUUCCAGGCCCUAAAGAAAGUAGACGGACCGCUAAAGACCUUUGGGAAGUUGUUGUUCAGAUCUGUAGUGUGUCCAGUCAACACAAACGAGGAAAUGAUGGCAGAGUUAGUUUAAUAAAGCAGAGGGAAUCCACGUUAGGUAUAAUGUAUAGGAGUGAACUGCUUUCUUUUAUAAAAAAAUUACGGGAACCAUUGGUUUUGACUAUUAUUUUAUCACUCUUUGUCAAACUUCACAAUGUUCGGGAAGACAUUGUGAAUGAUAUUACAGCUGAACACAUUUCUAUUUGGCCAUCCUCCAUCCCCAACCUCCAGUCAGUGGACUUUGAAGCUGUGGCAAUCACAGUGAAAGAGCUGGUUCGGUAUGCCCGCAGUAUCAAUCCAAACAACCAUUCCUGGUUAAUUAUUCAGGCAGACAUUUAUUUUGCGACAAAUCAGUAUUCGGCAGCUCUUCACUAUUACCUUCAGGCCGGAGCUGUGUGUUCUGAUUUCUUUAAUAAAGCUGUACCCCCUGAUGUUUAUACAGACCAGGUAAUAAAAAGAAUGAUAAAGUGUUGUUCUUUGCUGAAUUGCCACACACAGGUGGCAAUUUUAUGUCAGUUCCUCAGAGAAAUUGACUACAAAACAGCCUUUAAAUCACUGCAGGAACAAAACAGUCAUGAUGCUAUGGACUCCUACUAUGACUACAUAUGGGAUGUUACCAUUUUGGAAUACUUGACUUAUCUUCAUCACAAAAGAGGAGAAACAGAUAAAAGACAAAUUGCGAUCAAAGCCAUCGGUCAGACAGAAUUGAACGCAAGCAACCCAGAAGAAGUGUUACAGCUGGCAGCGCAGAGGAGGAAAAAAAAGUUUCUACAAGCAAUGGCAAAACUUUACUUUUAAGCAGUUAAAAUUUUUUAACUUUUAUUUUUUAAACAAUAGGCUAAAUAUAAACAGUAUUAAAAGAUGAAGUUUAUAUAUAAUACAUA